AUGGGCUCUUCCUUUUAUCAAGUUCUCCUGUUGGUUGGCUUCUGUGCUCCAAUGUUCUGCAUGUUGUCAUCCAAUCCCUACAACCGAGAGUCCCCCCACCCUCUCUCUAUGAAGAGCAACCCAGCCUCCCAGGUGGCUCCCAGCAACACCAAGUUUGCCUUCUUGCUGUACCAGAGGCUGGCUCAGGAAAGCCCCGGUCAGAAUAUCCUCUUUUCUCCUGUGAGUAUCUCCACUUCCCUGGCCAUGCUGUCCCUGGGGGCCCGCUCAGCCACCAAGACGCAGAUUCUCCGGAGCCUUGGCUUUAACUUCACACACAUGUUGGAGCCCACCAUCCACAUGGGCUUCGAGCACCUGGUCAGCUCGCUGAACGAGUGUCACAAAGGCCGGGACUUGCGGAUGGGCAGUGUUCUCUUCAUCAGGAAGGAGCUGCAGCUGCAGACCAGGUUUCUGGACAAGGUCAAGAAGCUUUAUGGGACAAAAGUCUUUUCUGAAGACUUCUCAAAUACUGUCACCGCCCAGGCCCAGAUCAACAGUUAUGUGGAGAAGGAGACCAGAGGGAAGGUGGUGGAUGUAAUCCAAGACCUUGACUCUCAGACAGCCAUGGUCCUGGUGAACCACAUCUUCUUUAAAGCCAACUGGACCCAGCCCUUCAGUGCUGCAAACACGAACAAGAGCUUCCCGUUCCUUCUGAGCAAGGGCACCACUGUGCACGUUCCCAUGAUGCACCAGACAGAGUCGUUUGCCUUCGGAGUGGACAGAGAGCUGGGCUGCUCUGUUCUGCAGAUGGACUACAGGGGAGACGCCGUGGCCUUCUUUGUCCUCCCUGGCAAGGGCAAGAUGCGGCAGCUGGAGAGGAGUCUGUCUGCCAGGAGGCUGAGAAAGUGGAGCCGCUCGCUCCAGAAAAGAUGGAUCAAGGUGCUCAUUCCGAAGUUUUCCAUCUCUGCUUCCUACAACCUGGAAACCAUCCUCCCCAAGAUGGGAAUCCGUGAUGCCUUUAACUCAAACGCUGACUUCUCUGGAAUUACAAAGACACACUUCCUACAGGUUUCUAAGGCUGCUCACAAGGCUGUGCUGGAUGUCAGCGAGGAAGGGACAGAAGCCGCGGCAGCCACCUCCACCAAACUUAUAGUCCGCUCGAGGGACGACCCGUCUUCCAUCAUCGCCUUCAACGAGCCCUUCCUGAUGCUACUUCUAGAUAAAAAUACAGAAUCUAUCCUCUUUCUAGGGAAAGUUGAGAAUCCCAGGAAGAUGUAG